CGCAAAGGGGCCGCCCAGACGGACCAACGUGGCCAAAGAGGUUCUUAUGGGCUCCGUAGCCAUUUUGGCUCAAGCCAUUUGGGGUCACGCAGUUUCACUAGUACUGGGGCACUCAAGAGGCGGGGCUCAGCGACCCCACCCUCACGAUAUUGUUUUGCAAUGCCGCGCCGGGCCAUGCACUGCGUUCGCGCUCUUUUCGGGCGCUCCCGCCACAGGGAGCCGCUUCAGGACAUCACGGAACCGUUGACGAACUGCGUGCCGGAGCAUACCUCGGAGGACCUCGAGACCGUGAAGGCAGCCGCCAUGGCCGAGGCGAACACCGCGAAGGAUGUAUCGGGAGCCGCGGCGCCUUCGCCCGAGCAGUCAAUGGCGGUGGCGGACGCCCCAGUGUCCGAGGCGGAGAAGGCGCCAGCGGCAGUGGACGUCUCGGCCCCUGCGCCCGAGCGGGCGCAGGCACCCGCGCUCGAGACGGCCCCGACGGCAACCGACGAGGCGCUUGCGGCUCCCGUGCCCUCCUCGGAGCCGCGGCAGCAAAAGCCCGUGGCGUCCGCGGCACCGCCCGCGGCGGCGCAGGCGCUGGCCGCGGUGAACGGCGCGGCGCCAGAGGCGGUCGAUGAGCAUGCGCCGGCAGGCGUGCUCGAGGAGGCCCCGACGGCGGCCGACGAGGCGGCGGAGGCCCCCGUGCCCUCCGCGGAGCCGCGGCAGCAAGGGCCCGUGGCGGCGACCGCGGCAGCGCCCGCGGCAGAGCAGGCGCCGGCGGCGGUGGACGGCUCGGCACCCUCGCCCGAAGAGCAGGCGGCCGACGAGGCGCCGUCAGCUGCCGCUGCCCCUGCGGAGCCGCAGCAGCAGGAGGCGGCGGUGGUGCCAGUGCCCGACUGCGAGUCCGAGGAGCCGAGGGGGGACAGACGGGAGGCGGCGGAGCCGCCGCUCCAGGAGGAGAAGCGGAAGGACAUGGCCACGGGCAGGGGCACGGGCAAGGGCAGCGGCGCCCAGAAGAGGGGGAAGCCCAAGCGCAAGGCUUGAGCGCACGCGGUGGGCCGCCUCCGGGCGUCUGCCGCGGGCAUAGGCAGAGGGUCCAGAGUCACCCCUUGAGGCCUGCCCUCCAAUUGCUCUUCCCACCGCCCUUCCGAACUCUCCUCUUCGCGCAAGCGCUCAGGGCAAGGUCUGCUGCGAGGGCAUCAGAGUUUGAAAUUCUGCAUCGGCUUUAAUUUAGGAGCCUUGCGCCGAAGUGGCGCAGUUUCAGGAUCUCCGGCAACCCCUCCUCGAGGCGGUAUUUGCAGCGUGUUUCGAAGGAGACGCGGCCAGUGCAAAAAAAGCGGCUCAUUUAUGGCCACGAGUUGGCCAGGAG